AAUGAUAAUUUUUCGAAUAUAUUUUACAGAGUUCAUAUUUUUACUUAUUAGUGCGUUGUCCUGUUAAUGAUUUAUCAUUAAAAGUAAUUUUCAAUUAAAAAAAUAAUCAUUCUUUGACUUAUUUUACUCGUAGUAUUAGUUCUUUUGGAAACAUUAAAAUGCUUAUCACAUUCAAAAAUUUACAACAGCAAACAUUUAAACUCGAAAUCGAGCCUGAAAAAACGGUAAAAGAAUUAAAAGAAAAAUUGCAAAUAGAGAAAGGUUCUGACUACCUAGCAGAAAAUCAAAAGCUUAUAUACGCAGGAAAAAUUCUUAGUGAUGACACAAAAAUAAGCGAUUGUAAUAUAGAUCCAAAAAAAUUUGUUGUUGUUAUGGUAUCCAAGGCUGCUAGUAUUAAUGCUGAAAAAUCAGUAAAAUCUACUCCCAGUACAUCAACAUCAGUAAAACCUAGUGAAUGUCCUUCUGUUCAUGCAGAACAAUCUAAAAAUGAUGAAAAACAAACAUCUUCCACUACAACAUCUACUGCACCUGUACCAGAAUCAGCAUCAGGAGAUGAAUAUGAAAAAAUUGUACAAAACAUUAUGGAUAUGGGUUAUGUUAGAACACAGGUUGAGAUUGCACUAAGAGCUAGCUUUAAUAAUCCUGAUAGAGCUGUUGAGUAUCUUAUCACAGGAAUACCUGAAGAAUUACAGUCUGAUCCAGCCAUUAAUCAAUCAAUGAGUAACAUUCUUAGUGAAGAUACUGGUAGCUCAACUGGUAGUAGCCAAGGUAGUAUACCAACACAUCAAAAUGAACCACUGGCAUUUCUUCGUAAUCAGCCAACAUUCCAACAAAUGCGGACAGUUGUUCAACAAAACCCAGAAUUAUUAAAUUCAGUGUUACAACAAAUUGGUCAAACCAAUCCAGCUCUUUUACAAAUGAUAUCUAAUAACCAAGAAGCAUUUGUUCGUAUGCUUAAUGAACCAGCUGAAGGUGCUUCAGCAGUUCCAGCUGCCACUGGUAGAAGUCCAACUGGAGGAUAUGAAGUUGCUGUAUCAUCUCAAGAUAAAGAAGCUAUUGAUAGAUUGAAAGCAUUAGGCUUUCCAGAACAUCAAGUAGUGCAAGCAUAUUUUGCCUGCGAAAAAAAUGAAAAUAUGGCUGCUAAUCUACUGCUCACUCAAGAACCAGAUGAUUAAAUAUUGAAGACUCCAAGGCUGAAAGGAUUCUUUUUAUUAAGUUUUUUCAAGAAAAACUAUAUUACUAAUAAUUUGUUUUUGAAUAUUGCUUCAAGUAAUAAUAUUCUAGAAAUAGAACAGUUCUUUAAAAUUUGU